AUGGUCGUCCCUAAUAACCAUAUGAACAACCUAACAACUCUUAUCAAGCGGCUUGAAGCUGCGACCUCCAGGUUGGAGGACAUGGCCUCCUCCCUUGAUGGCCCAGGUCCUAGCCCAGCAGCCGGUGCCGGUAUGCUAAGUCCCAACGUAUCACCGAGCACCGCUCCAGCUCCACCAGCUGCGGAGCCUUUACCGAAAUGCAUCGAGGCAUUUGACGCUAUAAUUUCGAAUGAAGUGAAGGCAUUCAUAGAUAUCAGCCAGCAGCUUGGUGAUCUAGUUGCCCCUCAAUCGAAAGCGGUUCUUAAAGCCUUCGAAGCCGAGCGUAAAUACCUCCUUGUCUCCACAAAGGCAAAGAAACCAGAAGCACAACCCCCUGAGCUCUUUACAGACCUGCACCGAGCCUCUGAUGAAAUCAACAACAUCCGUGAGAGCAAUCGACCCUCACCGUUCUUCAACCAUCUCAGUGCAGUGGCAGAAGGUAUCGUUGCGUUGGGUUGGUUCUUCGAGACUAGACCAGCUACUUUUGUCACGGACACUCUAGGCGGAGCACAGUUCUACGGAAACCGAGUGCUCAACCAAUAUAAAGACAAGGACAAAACCCAUGUCGAGUAUAUCCAAGCAUACUACCAAAUCUACAAAUCCCUUAUCGAGUAUAUCAAGGAAUACUACCCCCGAGGAGUGACAUGGAACGAUAAGGAUGGAAUUGAUGUGAUGGAUGCCUUGAAGCAAGUGUCCUCAGGGUCUUCCUCUACUGCGGUACCACCUGCUCCGGCAGCAAAGGAGGCAGGGGGAGCCCCUCCACCACCACCACCUCCUCCACCCCCAGGCCCUCCGCCAGUAAUCAAAGCAGCGCCACCAAGCAAUGACAUGUCUGCUGUUUUCGACCAGCUUAAUCAAGGCUCCGCCGUCACUGCCGGCCUCCGAAAGGUCGAUAAGUCGGAACAAACGCACAAGAACCCCAGCCUACGAGCACAGUCAAUUGUUCCAGGCAGCCCUACUUCGCGAGGCAAAUCACCUGCUCCUAGCAAGAAGCCAAAACCAGAGAGCAUGCGUGUCAAGAAACCUUCCCGAAAACAACUAGAAGGUAACAAAUGGUUCAUCGAACACUUCGACAGCCCAGCUGAUAUUGUUGAAAUCUCCGCCUCUCUCACCCAAUCUAUUCUCAUCUCCCGAUGCAACAAGACCAUCAUCAAAGUCAACGGCAAAGCUAAUGCGAUAUCACUUGACAACUGCGUCGGUGUCUCCAUCAUCGUCGACUCGCUCGUUAGUAGUUUGGAGGCAAUCAAGUGUUCCAAGUUUGCACUUCAGAUUGACGGGGCCGUUCCAGCUGUGAUGUUUGAUCAGAUUGACGGAGGCCAGGUUUAUCUUAACGCCGGCAGUAUGGAUACCGAGAUUCUUACCAGCAAAUGCACGGCCAUCAAUAUCGUUUUGCCACCCAAGGAGGAUGUUGAAGACUCAGAUGCAAAGGAGUGUCCUAUUCCAGAGCAAAUUCGGACUGUUAUCAAAGAUGGGGCGAUUGUUAGCGAGAUUGUGGACCAUGUAGGAUAG